GGUUUAUUCCCCUUUUCUACCCUUGAGCAGAAGUGGGGAAGGGUUAAUUUGCAAAGAAAUUGCAUGUAGAACCUGGAGACAGACUUUUAGUCUAUUAUAUUUUUUAUUAGAUGGGUCUGUUUUUAGGAAUCGUUUCUCCUCUGCGGUCGUAGUGGGUUUGAUUUGUUUUGGGUUUUGUCCUCUGGGAAGGAAGGGAUGUGAACGUUAACCCAUCCACUUUAAUUUGAAGAAAUUAUCUCCUGAUCCUGCCCUGUAAAAUGUCAGGAUUGGCAAACCUGAUCGAACGUUGAAAGAAAUGCAUAAAAUGAAAUUGGAAUGCAAUUAAAUUUCAGCAUAAAGGAAUUAAUCAAGCCAUUUACAUUUCGAAGUGUGCACUGUGAAAUUCGUUUUCUGACUUUCUGGGAACUCUUUGCGAAAUUUGAUAAGAGAUCUCAAAAACCUGUCUGUUGGGAAGGAUGCGUUCGAUGCUUACAUGCACAACUUGAAAAAUCAGAAGAUGGAAGGCUGAUUUACACUGGGCAUCUGGCCCGAGCAGUAUUUGGUGUGAAGUGUUUCUCUUAUUCUACAAGUGUGAUCAGUCUUGCUUCUCUAUCAUACAUUUUUGCACAAAGUAAUACUGUAUUUGGAAGUCUGCCUUUGCAAAUCUUAUUUUAUGGCAUCAUAGGAGGUUUUACAGUAAUCACUCCAGUGCUGUUUCACUUUGCUACAAAAGGCUAUGUCAUCCGGUUGUAUCAUGAGGCCACAGCGGACACUUAUAAAGCCAUUACUUAUAAUUUUGUGCUGUCAGAAACAAGUACAGAGUUUCACCAGAAUGAUGUGAAGAUUCCAGACAGCACACAUUUGUUUACCACAUUUUAUGCUAAAACAAAAUCAUUAUUUGUUAAUCCAGCGCUCUUUCCAAACCCUGAAGACUAUAACCAUCUAAUGGGUUAUGACAAACCGUUCACGUUCGGUAUGGAAGAAGCUAGUGAAAAGGAACAGCUAAGAGAUGAGAAGUGAGUCUAUCAUUUGUAUGUCUGUGCUUACCUGUGAUUUAUCUUUCAAUGUACAAUAAUAAAAUUGCCAUUACUUUUGUAUCUGUCAGUGUCUGAUUGCUAAAACACUUGGAAACUGUAUCAAACAGACCUUAGAAUUAAUUUUCAGUGAAUGAUGAUCGUUUACAAUAAAAUAGGCUGUAUUUGAAAAGCAAA